AGACAAGUGCCUGUGUGUCAAGGAGGAGCUAAAGGGUUAAAAAUUACAAAUGGCUUCCGUUUUCAACUUUCGGCAAUCGUAAUUCUUUGCUGGCAUGGUUUUCUAAUCGAGACCUUUUAUUUGUUGAGACGACCGUGUUCGAUCGAAUCGCUAUUUACCGUCGUAGCCGAAGCCCGUGACAUACAAUCAUGGGUAUACAAGAUUUACAAACAUUUUUAGAAAAUGAAGGAGUUGGAGUUGAUUUAUUUCGAAUCGCUAGAAAUCAGGCAGGUGGAUUUCGGCUGGUGCUCGACGCUGAAGGAUGUUUAGACCGCCUCUAUGGAGGAUUUUUUUCAGAUUGGGCAUGUGGAGGACAAUGGGCCCGGUGCGUUCAGUUUUUGACUACAUUAGCACAGGCCCUGGCCGAGCACCAAGUUCCUUUGUGUGUGUGCUUUAACGGAGCCCACCCUGCACCACCAGCCACGCCACAGCAUUGGAUCCAAACUCAAGCAACUUACAGACAGAGAGUCAACUCUGUUUUGCGCCACAUCGUAAUGAAAGGUACACCACCGCCAAAAGUAUGGUGGGUCCCACCUACAGGACUGCAUUCCUGCUUGAGAACUGCUCUGCGAUACCUUAACAUACCCAUUAUGGUAUCUUCUGAUGACCACUGCCAAGAAGUGGUUGGAUUGUGCCGAGAAAAGUCUUACGCUGGUUUGGUGGGUUGCUCUGGGGAGUAUUUAGUUUUCCAACCACCAAGGUACUUCAGCUCCUCCCAACUCAAGCUAACAUACAGAUCAUCUUUGGAGACAAAAGAGUACAUGGUGCAUGAAUUGCCGAAAGUCCUAGAUGUACCUCAGGAUCGGCUUUGCCUUAUGGCUGCUCUCCUCGGAGGCACAAUUCUGUCUGAGCAUAGCCUUACAGAUUUCUAUAAACGCUUAGGAAUCACACAAAAGAAGCAAGUGCCUCCCGAAACUUUGGUUAAGACUGUGUGCCAAUUUGUACGUGAAUUACCAUCUUCGGAUGUUGAUGCAGCUUGCAUUGAAAUAUUCGGAGAUCUCAACGAUUUGCGUGCUGCCAAACUAAAACAAGCAGUUCAAUAUUAUUUAAAUGGGACCAAAGAUGGUUUUCUGAAAUAUAGAACAGCGUCUGGACGUCGACCAAAGACUAACAAAAAGAACCAAAAGCCAGAUAUAAGCCCUCAAUCAACUUCCAUGGAUUUGGACACUUCCAAGUUGGCGACUGAAACAUCUGAAAAUGAGCAAAAAGGCUUGGAAGAUUACAAAUUGGCUACAGCAAACGCGUCUAUGAACGCGGACUUUAACACCGAGGAGGCCACGAGUGACGUUCACCAGCGGAUGUCGGCGAUGACACUGGACGGAGGAGACGCGAGCGCCGCGCAGCCAUCGAAACCCGCCGUAAACGACAAAAACGACAAACCGGCCCCUGCUACCAAAGAGAACCGUCAGAUAGUGAGCAAGCAGUUGUCAAACGACGACAACUGCCCGCCGGCGCCCGCCGAGGUACUUCGCACGUGCGCGGAAAGACACGCGCGCGGUCUCAUGCACCCGCAUAUGCUCUCCAUACUCUCCCACCGACAAAUCGCAUUGCCAGUUCUGAUGGAGGAUGACCACCACCGCGAAAUACCCUCUAUCCACCACUUCUACCGGCCGAUCAGGCAGAACGUUUACGCUAUACUGUAUAAUAUGCACCACCAUCGUUUCAUGGCUCAGAAAGCUAAAGAGGAUGGCCAACCCACUACAUCUGCGUCUGCGAACAACGAUCGACCGUGCACCGUUCAGAUAUCCGAAUGGAUUUACUCGCGCGUCAACCCUGGCAAGAACGCUGAGAUGGUGCCAGGAGUGUGCCUUGAUUGGCCAGUGCCCACUGUGCAGAGGCUUUGGUUCGGAACCGCUCAGGAUGACAAAUGCCGCCGUAUGCGCGCUUUCCUCUCAUGUAUGCGAUCUGAUACACCGCUAAUGCUGAACACAUCCUAUGUGCCCCAACAUCUGCUCAUAUUGGGCACUGUGCUGCGCUUUAUCAUGACAUCUCAAAUCCAAAUCCUGAGGCGUCAAGAACUGGAUGCGUUCUUGGCUACAGCUUUCUCUAGUGAUCUCAUGAAUGCUCUUCAUUUGCAAGAAAUGACGGUGAACGGCAUCAGCUCUCGCGGCGUCCAACUGGGCGCUCUAGUGAUGGCGGGCGCGGAAGCCGCCCUGAUGGCCAACGACGCGUGCGGCGCGCCCGUGCCCUGGCUAGUGGCCGCCCCGUGGCUGUACUUCGACGGGAAGCUGUUACAACGCAACCUGCACCGCGCCAACCACUGCAAGCAUCUGGCACAGCUGUGCGAUAACCACCUCGAUACUGUGGUCAAGGUGGAGCGCAUGCGCAAGGCCAUCCUGGAAGGUUUGGAGGUGGAGUUCGCUAUGGCGCCGCUGCCGCUGGUGGCGGGCGUGGUGGGCGGCGCGCUGGGCGGCUGGGGCCGCGGGCGCGGGCGCGGCGCGCGCCUCGAGAUAGCGGGCGUGGUGGUCGGCCAGUGGGGCGGCGGCAGCUACCCGCAGCGCGCGCAGAGAUACCCGCAGCAACAAGUGAGCUACGUGGGCUACACGCCGCCGACCCGCAACUCGUACGGCGGGCGCGGGUGGCGCGGCGCGCGCGGUGGACGAGGCCGCGGGCGCGGGCGCGGCGCUGCGCCGGCUCGCGGUGGGCGGCGCACGCGGCGCGACGAGCCCGAGCAGCCGGUCAAGCCCACCACGCUCACCGUCAACGGGAAAACGGUGAGACCGGAAGACAUUGCUACACAGGUUGAAGAAGGAAGCCCGCAUGAGGAUAACUCUGCUGCAGACAAUGAAGUUGAAGGAGCACAGCCUCAAAAAACCAAGACUGCUAAGAAUAUGAAGAAAAACAUUGGAAAAGGCAAGAAGAAGAGUUCCAAUCCGAAGACUGACGCCCAGUUAGAAGUUAAUGGGCCACUCGAUAAGAACAAGGUGACUGCUGAAUAAGUAAUUGCAACCAACCACUGAUGACGACACAACUACAGGACUUACCACAGAGCUUUCCUCGCCUUACACGAACGAAUUUUAGUUAGCAUUCCACAUCUCUUGAUAAUAUUGUCAUACAUUUUAGAUGGAGCAAAACCACAAAUCUGAAAAGGAGCAUAUGGGCCAAGGCGAUGCACCUGUUUCUAAUUAAGUACUUUUGUUUGAGGUAACUGAUUUAUUUGUUCAACAUUUCUCUCCAUCAACCAGUAGUCUUAACUUUGUUUUUCACAGUAAUUAGUUCAUUCAUGAAUUUUCCACCAUUCAGUUUUGAGGAAAGCCUAAAACAGCCAUUUACUCAUGCAAUAUGUUUAUUCUCGUGAACCACAAAAAGUAAACAUUACAUUUAUUGAUGUUUUAUAUUUACGAUUUGUGUAACUUUCACUAGCACUCAUUGAAGUUAAAGUUGCUUUAUGUAACUUCUUGGGAAAUAAUAACUGACAUGUGAAUACAAUUAUUUUAGCACGUAUUUGGGUUAAUUCUUAAAAUUGUGAACAGAUAAGUAAAUAAAUCCACUAAGGAUUUUGUUAUUGUCUGUGAGGUGUGAUUCCACCUAAAAAAGUAUACGUGCCUGAAGAUCGAAAAGACUUCCCAAUCUUGAGACUGAUUUUAUAUUACUUUAAUUGACACACAACGUGUUCAAUUAAUAAUAAUAUUAAAGACAACCGGCUUGAAAAAGGCAUUUAAAUGCUACCAUUUACCCUACUAAGACACCUCUUAUACUAUUUUGUUAUUUGCUGCUGAAAAAGAUGGCAAUACUGCUUAAUUAAGAACAAUAUACAGAGCAUGUGACAAAGUAGUACAAGAUGAUUGGUUCUAAUGCUUGAGGUAGUACAAUAUCUCUUAUAAAAAGAUAAGAACCCAAAAGCACCCGUUAUUUGACAAGUGAUAAUUAGAAAUAUAUAUUAAUAAAUUAAUGUUGAUUGUUAAGUCACGUUUAAUUGAAAAGUGAGAUGACUUAGUAAUUAGUAUGUUUUGUUUAUAAGCAUAUGAAGUACUGAGUCAACAUUAUUUAUUUACACAUAGUAUAUUUACAAUUUACCAAAUCAUAAUUUUUAUUUUUAAGCUUGGUUUGGUCUAUAAAAUCCUCUUGAAUAAUUGAGAUUUGUCUUUGAUUUUAUAAAGAUCAAAAUAGACUGUUAAGUCUUAGCGAAGGAAUGACUAUAGUCACCAAAGUACAUAAUGUUUGAUCUAAUCUUAUUGAUUUUUUAGGCUAAACCAAAUUGCUUUCAGACUUGUUUUUGGAAAUCUUGAUACUUUUAGGCUUUGAAGUGUGUGAUAAGUAUUAAAUAUGAAUCAUGUUAGAAAACAUUAUGCCAUACAUUUUUAUUACUUUACUUCUUUCGAUAUUUUUCGAAAGGCAAGGUUACGACAACAUAUUCAAGAACUGAAAAUAAUUAGUUAUAAUAAUGAAUGACAGUAAUGUUUUUUAUCAAGGUUCAUGUUGUAGUUGUUUUCAAUCUAAGAUUAUGUUGCAUUGUUAGAUUAAGCAAUUAUUGCUUAAUGAAACAAUGACAUCAUAAUGCUAGAAAGAAUGAAUAAUUAGUUUAGUUAUUGCAUUUAUUGAAUGAUUGUUGGUGCUCUGAAAUCUGUGGGACUGCCUGAAACGAGUCUGAAACUCAUAGAUUUAAGUCUAACGAUAGACGUUUAAAACUGAACGAACAUUCGCAAAUUGAUAUUUCCACUUCCUAUAGGGUAUUAUUUCGAUAGGAAAUCGUAGAUUUGUUAGUGAUAUAUUUAUAUGCAUUUUUGGAAAUACAAUUUUGCGAAUGUUCUUCACUUUAUAUGUAUUUUUGUAAAUUUGUUAUAUUGUUAUACUUAAAUUUAGCUGGAAUGACUAACAAGAUUAAUGAGACAAAGUCUUACUGUAAGACUCGAUCGGUGUUAAAACUGAAACAAUUAACAUCACAUUCCAUUUAAAUUUCACGAACCUUCUGAUUGUGCAGUUCACACCAGUCGAGAAUGGAACUAAAUGAAGACUUUACAAUUUUGGAACGCUUAACCCUGGCCGGAACAUAGACAAAUAUGUUGCUACAAUAACAUAUAAUUGAUUUCAAUAAUGAAAACAUGAUCAGUACUUGAGUGCAGUGCACACGUACAGCAGCCACAGCGCUGUUCCAAUGACUAAAUGCCAAACAAAAAAGCAUCGACUUCGUAAUACAACCGCCAGACGGCGGAGGGCGCGCGCGCCCGUAGCGAGCGUUCGGCUCGCGAGAGAACGCUCUCACUGCUACGUAUUCGCUAGCUGUCGCUCCGUGCGACAUGCACUUUAUAUUAUACAUUUAAACAUUUAUAUAUUAUUGCUUGCUUAUUAAAUAAACACGAUGUGUAGACUUUAGAAUUUUAACUUCAAUGUAUUUUGAUUUGUUUAGGAAUUAUGUGUAACAGCAAUAAAAGCAUGUUAGUGGGAUGACGUGAAUAAUACGUCUAUGGUAAUAUUUUCUGAGUAUAUCAAACGUUUAAAGGCACUAUUUAUAAACUAUAUUUGGUGACUUAUUAACGCCUUUUAAAAUCACCAUAUUCAUGCUGCUUAUUCUUUAUCACUUAAAUGUAAUGUUAGUGGUGAUUCAAAGGAGGUAGAUUUUAUUUUUUCUUUUAAAUCCAUUAUUCACUAUAGUUUUAGAUUAUUGAACAGUAUAAUACCUAUUACAUUUUAAACUUGUUUGCUGACAAAGGACAUUUAAUAUUGUCAACAUAAUAUAAUCGAAAUAUAUUAGAAUACUUGUCAUGUAAUACAUAACAUUUUUCGUAAUUGAAGUAGCAAACGUGGAACCGUGGCUUUUUGAAAACACUUAUAACUUAAGUACGUAAAACUGCAAUGUAAAAUUUUAAAAAGUUCAUUACUACUUUAGUUUGAACAACAAAAAUAUUGGAUGAAUUAAAAUUGUAAAGAGUUGUAUUUGUCUUCAAAUAAAACGUUCCAUCAUUA